ACGUUAAUUUUGAUAGAAACUUGUUAUUGUGAAUUUUUUGCGACAAAAACCCGUGGGUACCCAUGAACCCGCGGAUACCCAGCGGGUUGGGUUGGGUUCAGUGAGUUUUACCCCGAAUUUUUUUCACGAAUAAACCUAUGAGUUUGGGUUUGGCAAAACCCGACCCAACCCGACCCAUUGCCAUCCCUAAUAAAGAGCUUAGCCACUUAGAUUUAAGGAGCUUAGUCACUUAGGUCUAAAAGCUUAACUCAAUAAGGUCCAAUUAGCUCAUUUAAUAUUUGAUGUUAAACCGGCCUUAUAAAAAAUCAAUUGAUUCUCUUGUAAUUAAUCAACAUGGUAUAGUUAUGAAUUUCAGGAAAAUCCCCACAGAGCCAAAUCAUUGUGCUAAGUCUACACCAGUGAUUAAAAAAAAGGGCCUUAUUGGAACAGAGGAAACCAGGGAAAACAGAGAAGUUAGUAAGUAGUAAUUUAACAACAGUAAAGAAGUUACAACAAUUCAACUCGAGAACACCCAAAAAAGCAAACUAGAACAUCAGAUUCUCCCUCUUACAUUGAGAAAACCGGAAAAGAAAACAACUUUGGAACUGAAUCCACUACAUGCAAAUAACCCACGACAGCGAGGUGAUAUGGCUGGUAAGGGCCUUGCAUGACAAACAAGUUUCAUAAGAGAGGGAAAACAAAGAAAGGAAAAAAGAGAUUUUGAUCAAACAGGAGGAGAAGAGAAAGGGAAAUAGGAAAGGUUGGCUUGGCUAUGGCUAUGCUUUGCAGUCUGCACUUAGGCAGAGUUGUUAUUUGCCAGUUGCCAGCCACCACCGGGAAAUUAAUUGUUUACUGACCUUCUCUGCCAGCCACCACCGUGGAACAUUGCAUGGCCUUUUCUUCUUUUGUUGUAACUGUAGUUUGUAAAAUUUUAAGUACUCGGUAGUAAUUUAAGCACUUUAUCAUAUGUUAGAAGUAAUGUGCUAUUGGUCUUUUCUUAGGUUGUAACUGUAGUUAGUAAAUUGAUGAUCUUAGCAGUAAUAAAGCACUUGAUUACCCCUGUUCUGUUUUGGUGUAUGGAAGGGGAUGUUCAAUGGAUCAAACAAGUAGUCUUGUUUUGUAGCUAGUUUGAACCACUUAUGAAUGAGGAAAAAGUCUCAAGUUCUUACUUAGCUGUAGUUGUAGCUGACUGCUAACACUGUUCUUUUCUUUUCUGUGAGCAGGUGGCUUUCCAGGAGCAUCACUUCAUCUCUUAUCAGCUUUAUCAUGAAGUACUCUGCAAUUCUUAAUGUUACGUUGCAAUACCCUUGCAGUCAGUGAUUAGUCCUGAUCGAUGCUUCUUCCAUACUCGGUGGGUUUAGUGACGGAAAUACUUACGUGUGGCAGGAUUGAUGCCCUAUCUAGUUACUAGCUAGAUGAAGCAGCAGGAGGAGGAAAACUGAAGGGUGGGGAGUGGAGUAGAGUUAGCCUGGACGUGGACGAGUCGUCACAUAUGAAGAGGCGGGAUCCAAUGCCUAAGCUCCCAUGGCCUCCAAGAAGUGGAGGAUUUGUUGAGUUAUGUGAAAAAGGACGAGGAACGGGAGUGGUAAGCAAGAUAGACCUGGUUGGAAUCACGUGGGUUCAUAAUCAGAAAAGACAUUUAUGGGAGAAUGCCCCCGAAUCAUGUUGCAGAAAGGAGUGAUUUUCGGAUUUGGCCCCCGAUACAUCGACAACGCCCUGUUGAUGUAUGGAUCAUCUAGGCAGACGAAAUCUUCAGCUAUGAACUGGAUGAGAGACCCAUGGACCGUCCAAACUAACCAUGUUCAUCAUUUUGAAAUAUGGUUGUUGCUGCCUAGGAGAUCAGAUGAUGAUGGUAGAUUUUCACCCACGAAGGUGAUGCGGAUUGAAUCGUGGAGGGUUGCAGCCAACAAGCACCUCUGGCUGACUAAAAUUUCUUACGCCUUGAUCAGUUGAUUAGCUCUCGCGCAAAAAUAUCGAUGAAGCUACGUGGAAUCCCCUACCCAACUCAACUUUUGAAUGCAAGUAGAAGAUAAAAUUUUGUAACAAAUUUAAAUGUUAGAACAAUUAGUAAUGUCUUAGCCCUCCUUAAUCCUCCCACUUACUAUAUUUCAUAUCUCUUCAACUUGUUUUAGUCCAGUUCAAAUUUUUAACUCCUAUCUAUCAAUGCCAAAAAAUAAACAAAAUUAUGUUCCCAAACUUUUAAGUCCAAUAAUAAUUAGGGGUGGCAAUGGGUCGGGUCGGGGACGGAUAGUGCAUAUUCGUUACCCUACCCAAAGCAGUUCGGGUUUUACUCAUACUCAUACCCACAUAAGAAACGGGUAAAAAAUCAAAACCAUGCCCAUACCCGUUCGGGUUUCGGGUAUCCACGGUUAUCCAUGGGUAAUAGUUUCUCUUUAUAACUUCAACCAAUACGCUAAUAUUCACAUGUAUUCUCACAUUACGUAAGACAAAAGGUAUGACAAUAAUUCACUAGAAUGAAGAAAAUUCAUUAAAACAACACAAUUUCAUGAAAAAGAUAUAUUUAUAGGGUAAAUAUAAAAUAUAUUAGAGAAAAAUAGUGAUUAUUUCUAGACAAAAUACAUAUGCAUGUGUAUAUCGGGCAGGUUCGGGUUGGAUAGUGAGAAAACCAUGUCCACCCAUUACCCGCAAUAUUCGGGUUCGGGUUUUACCCAUACCCUCUAAAAGUCCUUCAGGUUCGAGUUUUACCCUAUCCAACAAGGUCGGAUUCGGACAGAUCCAAGGUUACGGAUAUUUUUAUCAUAAUAAUCUACAUUAACCCAAAAAUUAACCCAAUUAUACUCUCUCAUGUUUCCAAUGGCCCAUAGUAAAUAACUCCAAAUGGCCAUUUUAAGUUUGCUUAUUAUUAUGGCUUUCGACGCAUAGAAGUUGAGGAAGAAUGAAGAUUGUUGGAACUUGGAUGUGAGGUUCAAAAUGGGCAAUCAUAGAUAUGGGCCAUGCCAUCUUUCUCCCAACCCAAACCAAUAGCCACCCAUGGUCAUCGGUCAACAAGUCUUAGCAUACUUCCUUCCUGAUGGGCCUACCCAGCUUUUGGCCCAAACUACAAGACUACCGGUUUGAACGAAACAGGCCGCCACAGCCCACAGGAGACAAAUUUCACAGAAGUCCACAACUUCAUGAUGAGAAUUCCUAGAUGAUUGGGUCUUGACUCUUGACUUUGACCACACCUUGACCACCAUUCUCUUGCAAAUUUUUGGGCCGUUUGUUUGAAUAUUGACAAUGUCAAUACUUUUUUGACUUGAAUGUGGAGAAAACAAGUAUUAAAACCAUGUUCAAUUGCUUUGGCUUUUGGCUUUGAAUUAUUAUAAUUAUUAUGUUUAAUUAGUGAGACUUCAUGCCUUGAUUAAGUAACUCCUUUCCUUCCAUCAAACCUCCUUUUCAAGGACUUAAUGUCGUCAUAAUCAUGGACAUUUUUUUGCCUUGAACUGAAUGAGAAAUACUAUGAUGAUAAUUUGUUAUGUAAAGAUAAAGUAAACUUUGAUCAUUAUGAUUAUCGAUUCAAUCCUAGUUAAAGUGAUUCAAAAUUACAGAGCCUGUGAUAUAUCGUUCAUAGAUAAUACUCUCUACAAUAACAACAUUGAGAUUUA